AAUCGACCCGACAAACCACAACCCGAUUACAUUUAGCUUCCCUCUGCCUCUGCGUCUCACCGCCGUCCUCCGUAAGUAACCCUUUCACUAUUUGCCUUCCGCUCUGCAAAACCAAACAUGGGUCUUUCCAAGGAACAGUUGCUUGCCCGCUUAAAGGAGCUUCACAUUGAUUUUUCCCAGUAUGAUCAUCCUGUUGUUUUGACAGUUGAGGCUCAGGCAAAAUAUGUUGGACAUCUGGGAGGUGGACUCAGUAAAAAUUUGUUCUUGAAGGAUAAGAAGAGUAGGUUCUAUAUUGUUUCCGCUUUGGCAGAUACUAAAGUAGAUCUGAAAGUUCUAUCUGUGAGGCUUGGUUUGGGAAAAGGUGGCUUGAGAAUGGCUCCUGAAGAAGCACUGGGAGAAAUACUUCAGGUCCCAUUGGGUUGUGUUACUCCUUUAUCACUGGUGAACGAAUCUGCAUGCAAUGUCUCUCUGCUGUUGGAUCAAAAAUUUAAAAGUCAGGAGUUUUGCUUCUUCCACCCAUUAUCGAAUGACAUGUCAAUCUCACUAACCACCAAUGGUCUCGACAAGUUUCUUAAGUCAAUUAAGAGAGACCCCUCAUAUGUUGACUUGGAGGCUAACCCAUCAGUUGGGAAGGACCAACCUCCUGAUCUUGCAUCUCUUGUUCCGUCUAGUUCCGUAGUAUUGCCAGAUCCCCCGGAAACAGCAGCUUCCUCGAAAGGUCGCAUAGAAAAUACAGUUUCUGUGGGUAACAAGUCCACAAAAAGUACAGUGAGCACUUCUAAGCCAUCCAUUAAUGCUAAAAAAACCCAGGAUAAACCAGCCAACAUAACAGAUGUUGGAAAAAUGGUUGAUGACUUACUGGAUUCAACAUCUUCGCUAGUGCUGAAAGAGAUUACGGAGGAGAAUAUUAAGGAACAUGGAGAAGAGCUUGGAGAAUUGUUAUCAAAGAAAAUUAAAAAUCAAUUAGCUGCAGAAUUGCACAACACGAUUAUGAUAUUCAAAAACACUGCAUACACAGAAGGAUUCCACGCUGGGAUGCACUGUCAUCCAAAGCGUUCUUAGUUCUUACUGAUGUCUUCUUUCCUUCCUAUCUCCCUGAAGACGUAGUGCAGAAGCAAACAAUCCUUUGCCUUCCGAUUGCCAAUCCAUUUAUUGUUAUAUCCUAACUAAAAGUGUUAUCUGACAUUGAUACAAUAGAUAUAAACUUCUCCGAUGCGUCAUUUAAGAAACCUUUUAAUACUUUUGUUCUUUAUGA